GGGCGCCGGCGCGGGCAGAGCGCGGCACGGGGCUGGCGGCGAAGGUCCGCUCGGGGAUCCGUGUUGCUGAGUCUGCGAACUGCUGCCACAUUCCCCCUCCCGCACACUCGCCCUGAUCGGCCGCCCCAGCUGACCUACCUUCGCGGCACGAAGUGAAUCCCCGAGCGCGACUUCUCUCCAAAGGAGGUCGCGCUCCCUGGAUCUGCCAGGCACCCUCAUCUCCGGCGGGGCCGGCUAACUGCGGCGCCCUCCCGGGGCAUGGCUUCGGCGGGCAGCGGCAUGGAGGAGGUGCGCGUGUCGGUGCUGACCCCGCUGAAGCUGGUGGGGCUGGUGUGCAUCUUCCUGGCGCUGUGCCUGGACCUGGGCGCCGUGCUGAGCCCCGCGUGGGUCACGGCCGACCACCAGUACUACCUGUCCCUGUGGGAGUCCUGCCGGAAGCCCGCCAGCCUGGACACCUGGCGUUGCGAGUCCACGCUCAGCAGCGAUUGGCAGAUUGCUACUCUGGCUUUACUCUUGGGUGGUGCCGCUAUCAUUCUAAUUGCAUUCCUGGUGGGUUUGAUUUCUAUCUGCGUGGGAUCUCGAAGGCGCUUCUACAGACCUGUUGCUGUCAUGCUUUUUGCAGCAGUUGUUUUACAGGUUUGCAGCCUGGUCCUUUAUCCAAUCAAGUUCAUUGAAACUGUGAGCUUGAAAAUUUACCAUGAGUUCAAUUGGGGUUAUGGCCUGGCUUGGGGUGCAACUAUAUUUUCAUUUGGGGGUGCCAUCCUUUAUUGCCUGAACCCUAAGAACUACGAAGACUACUACUAGAACCAGUUGUCUCGACUUGGAAAGAAAGAAAAAAAAAUCCAGCAUAAGGAUUACGUCUGCAUCUUUUCUAACUCACUAUUUUCUAAAAUACUUGUGGAGCAUCAAGCAGUUUAUUCAAUUGAUUUAUUAUCUUUUUGCCUUUUGGCUGUCAACAUCAUAACCAGCUUUUAUAUCCAUUUUAGGGACCUGCACAAAUUAAGAGAGCUGAUUAGACAUAGGCAAAUGCUCUAAACUUCCAAUAUGUUCGUGUCAUUUUUCUUGACAAGUGAACGGUCUGUGUGAUAGCAACCAUUGUGAGAAACUCGUUGAAUGAAAAUUGUCUGAAUCUCCUAUUACCUGCAGGGGAGCAGCUGGUAUAAGCAACAUUUAGAAGUUCCCUUGUGCUGACAAGUAUUCCACUGUUAGAGUUCUUAUCUCCUGCUUACCCCACCCAAUGACUACAUUUGCUAGUGGUUAUUUGCUUGAGUGAUCUCCUGAAAAGUAAACUACCCUUCUGCAUUUAAUGGGAGUUUUGAAUGUAACUGGUUAAUGGUACAUAGUCCACUUUUGAGAAUACUCUUUUAAAUGGGAGGUUAUGCUUUGGCAAUUAGCAUCUCCCUGGGAAGGGUGUCAGGGCUUGGAGACUUGUGCUUUUCAUUAUGUGGUUAGAAGUUGUGCCUCAGCCAUAUCUAGAAUGAGGAAAAAGUGAGAGUCUCUAUUUUCCCUGGAGCAACUAGAAAGAAAUGUGCGUGAGUUACUUUUGUCCUAAGUACCCUUUGAAUCAUUUAUCACACACUGCAGCAAAUAAAUGUACGUAUGUAACAAGUUUAAAUAUUUUUAUAGAAGGUGAGCCAUUAGUAUACAUGGUUGUAUGUUUGCCCUAUACAUGCAUUUGCCUAAUACACAUAAAAUUAAUAUUUGCUCUAGUGAAGUGAUUUGAACACUAAUCUUGUACACACAUUGUUAAGAGGCUUAGAUUGGUAUCUGCACUUACUUACCAUACAAAAGUACAUAUAACUUAAAGCUUUUGUUUUAUGUUCUCUACUGUUUCACUGGGAAGUUUUAAUAGAAUUGCAUAAGAAGAAAAAUUGAAGCGAUGUUAAUCUGAAAAUUAAUGAUUCUUCUGUAGUAGUUCAAAAGAGUAGCAAUUAGGAUGAUAAUUUUGUUUAAAAUUCAUUAAAAUAGAAGGCUGCAAUUUUUUCAAUUACUUCAAAUGUCUUCAUUAAAAAUUAAAGGAAUAUAGUGGUAAAAUUAUAUAAAAGUCUAAAUGUCUCAAUAGAGUUGAACUGAUCUGGUUGUUACCUGGUCCUCCGUAGUUAACUAAUGGGCUAACGGAUUUGUGCACACAAUUAUAAUGAUUUAAGUUUGUUGACUGUUCAAAUGGAAGGAAAUGCCAAUAGUAAGGGACAAGUUUGUAACUGCAAACUUGUGUUAAUCCUGUUUAAUAUACAAAUCUGGAUAGUUUAAUUAUAAACAUAUUUUUGUAUCAAAUAUACAGUUCUAAUAUAAAAGUAAUAGAUAAUUAUUUUUGUUAACAAAGACACUAAAACAGGAUGUCCUGGCUUUGGCCCUUGCAGAAAGAAGCAUAGGAAAAAUCAUUUACAACGUACCUAUGUUCUGUUGUAUUGCAAAAUCCAUUACGAACAGGCCACAUCAGUAGUAUCUAAUAAUUUGUUUUACCUCCUAAAGCAGAGUUCUGCUUCUAGCUUGACUUAAGAACUGUUGCCAAAAAGAAAAGCUAUUUUAUUAUUCAGAUGUUUUAAAAAUGUGACUUUUCUAUAGAAGCAAAAUGAAGAUUCUAAAGUAAAUAUGAAGAACCAGGAUUAUUCUUAUUUUAGCAAGGAAAAGAAAAGACUUAAAUGCAUUUAAAGAGAAGCCUUUAUAAAAGUACGUGAUUAUAUAGAAUCAUCUGAGUAGAAAUUUUACAGAAAAUUAUUAGUACUAUAGAAUCUUUUGAAGUAAUUUUCUUGAGAAAUAGUUAAAUACAGGCCAAACUGUCUUGCAGUUUGAUUAUGUAUUAACAGGGCAGCACAAGAAACGUAUAGGAAUUUCAGCUUCUAAACAUCAUCGCUUAUGAGAGAACCUCUUUAUUCCUGAAUAAUGAAAGAACAGUAUGUUGGUACUGAUAUCAACGAGGCACUUUUCUUAGUCCUAGUAGAGGGUGCAGAGUGCUGUUAGACCAGUAUCACACGUUGGGUCUUACCAUGUUUUCACUCUGUCAAUAUGACAAGCUGGAAAGCAACAAUGUUAUAUUGACUAAGGCACAUGCAUUUGCCAUUUACUGAAAGGUAGGUUUCUUAUAUAGUUUUCCCACUUCUCAGUGAAGAGCCCUAUGCUAUAUUCCUACCAUCACUAAGUGUUCCAUAACCAACUCAGUACAAAAUGGAAAGUUGUUGCUCAUUGAAAAUCCUGUCUUGUCUAUCAGAAUAACCUCAUGAAUUUUUCACAUACACUAACAUGUUUUUGCAGCAUUAGGUUUAUUUAAUAUUUUCUUACAAGGAAAGCUGUUAACUACAAACCCAUUGUCUCAUUUUAGAUAUAUAUAUACACACAUCCAUAGCAUAAAGUACUCAGCAGGGCUAGUUAUUUGGAUUUCUUGCACAACUAUUUAGCAUUUUGUAAGUUCAACAUGUAAAUUUUAAAGACAAAUAUAGAGAGACUUAUGUGUUUGAAAUAUAAAUGAUAUAUAUGGAUUAGCAUGUACUUGUAUAUUAUUAAACAUGCAAUGAACUGACUGGUAGGUGAUGUCUAAAUGUAUGGCUAGCAAUGUAAUUUAUUCAGACUGUAUUUUUGUACAGAGCAGCACACACUAACCUAUGCCUCUGUGUCCUCUUUAAUGCCUAAAACUGUGCCUAGAAAUAUGUCUUAAAAAUAAAAUGUACUUCAUGCUGUUUAUGCUAUUAGUUUCUCUACUGCUAUUCUAUAUUUAUUAUUUUUAAAUAUAUGACAUGUUUACUACUUAAAUAUGAAUUCAUGAUAUUCUGAUUAUUUUUUUAACAGUCUGGGGGAAACUUGUUUAUUCACUCCAGUGGUUUUGAGUUUGCAGUUUCUUCAUUUCAUGACUUUUGUAGCUGACAUGAAGUUAUCUAUGUGGAAAAAUAAAAAUAAAAGUGGUUUCACUGAUA